CCAACGCCGGCGCUCUUCCGGGUCGUCCCCGGGCGGCUCUAGGCGCUCCUCGAGUCAUUUAAGUAAAAGGCGUGUCCUCUGGUGCUAAUGGCAUGGAGGAGGGGCGUCGCGCGCGCGGAACUCAUUGGGAGCCUGGGGGCCUACACAGCGCUUCUAGGGGCCUAAGUUGCCUGCGGCUGGACCGGCUCGCACGAGACCGCCAGGUGCCGCUUCCCCUUCCAGCCAGCCUCCGCCGACUUUCGCGUGCCUUCUUUCCGGCGCCCGCCCGCGGCCAGAGCCAGGAUGCUUCCGAAGCGGCGGCGAGCGUGGGUCGGGUCCCCUGGCGGUCCUGCCCCCUCUACGGCGCGCUUCCCCGGCAUUGCCAUCUACCUGGCCGAGCCGCGCAUGGGUCGCAGCCGCCGGGCCUUCCUCACGCGCCUGGCCCUCUCCAAGGGCUUCCGGGUCCUGGAUGCCUACAGCUCUGAGGUGACACAUGUGGUGAUGGAACAGACCUCAGCCAAGGAGGCCAGCUCCUGGAAGGAGCACAGGGCGGUGGCAGGCUCUCCGCAGGGCCGCACCAGCCCAGUGCUGCUGGACAUAAGCUGGUUCACGGAAAGCAUGGCAGCUGGGGAGCCCGUGCCUGUGGAGCCCCGGCACUGCCUGGAGGUGGCCGUGCCCGGGAAAGGGCUGUCAGGCUCAGUAUGGAUGCCACAGUAUGCCUGCCAGCGCCCCACACCCCUCACACACCACAACAGCAGCCUCACGGAGCCUCUGGAGAUGCUGGCGGAGGCGGCUGGCUUUGAGGGCAGUGAAGGCCGCUUCCUCUCCUUCUACAGAGCGGCCUCGGUGCUCAAGGCCCUUCCGAGCCGGGUCACAGCCGUGAGCCAGCUGCAGGGGCUGCCCCACUUUGGAGAACAUUCCUGCAGGGUCAUCCAGGAAGUACUGGCACAGGGAGUAUGUGAGGAGGUGGAGAGAAUCCGAUGCUCAGAGAGGUACCAGACCAUGAAGCUUUUCACCGGGAUCUUCGGGGUUGGGGUAAAGACUGCUGACCGGUGGUACCGAGAAGGGCUGCGGACCCUCGACAGCCUCCAAGAGCAGCCCCAGAGGCUGACCCAGCAGCAGAAAGCAGGACUCCGGCACUACCAGGACCUGAGUGUGCCGCUCCAGCGACCCCAAGUGGAGGCCCUGCAGCGAGUGGUGGAGGCAGCAGUGGGGCACAUCCUUCCCGGGGCCACCGUCACGCUGGCCGGGGGCUUUCGGAGGGGCAAGUUGCAGGGCCACGACGUGGAUUUCCUCCUCACCCACCCCCAGGAGGGCCGGGAAGCAGGGCUGCUGUCCAGAGUGAUGCACAGCUUGCAGAGUCAGGGCCUUGUCCUGUACCACCAGCACCACCACGGCCACUGUGCAGAUGCCGCCUGCCCGCCCCGGCAGAACCAUGCCAUGGACGGCUUUGAGAGGACCUUCUGUAUCUUCUGCCUGCCUUCACCCCCAGGGGCUGCUGUGGGGGGCCCCCAGAGGGCCGUGCGGGUAGACCUGGUGGUGGUCCCUGUCAGCCAGUUCCCCUACGCCCUGCUGGGCUGGACCGGCUCGAAGGUAGGGGGCUUGCUACUGGCUACUGGGGCUGGGCGGGGCCUCCCGUCAGGGGCGCCCAUACAGCCUGGCUUUCUGCAGCAUUUCCAGCGGGAGCUGCGCCGCUUCAGCCGGAAGGAGAGAGGGCUGUGGCUGAACAGCCAUGGGCUGUUUGACCCCCAGCAGAAGAAACAUUUCCAUGCGGCUUCGGAGGAAGACAUCUUCAGACACCUGGGCCUGGAGUACCUUCCCCCAGAGCAGAGAAAUGCCUGACCCAGCCGCUGGCCCAGUCUGCUCUCUGGAGAGGCAGGCCCUGUGGAUGCCCUCGGCCGCUGGAAGUCUCCAGGGCAAAGAUGCACUGUGGCCCCAGGUCCUCACCCCACACCCAGGCCCGGAUGUAAUGAAAUGAGCACACGUAACAAACCAAGCUCUGUUUUUUUGUGCUGCUGGCUGCCCAGGGGGCGUGGUGCUGAUUCUGUGCAGAGGCCCAUCCUGCUGGGUGUUGGUCGGGGGCAGGGCUGUGUGACCCUGGGUCAGUGAGGACCUGAAGGCACCUUCUCUGUGGGCUGGUUGUGGAACUUGAGGUAGCGGAUGGCAAGUGCUUUGUACGGUGGGGGUGGGGGGCGUUGUCCACCUGCUGUGUGGCCAGCCACUGGGGAGGACAGGGCCCAGAGGUAGGAGCUGGGGGCAGGGGGAGAAUUUCCAGGGCCCGUCCACCACCUUCCAGCCAGACUUCCUGUCUCUGCCUCUGCUCUUCUAAGGUCUGUUCUCAGAAGGCCUUUGUCAGCAGGUCCUGUCGCCCCCCUCGUUGCUCCAGGCACACACUCAUGCUCAGCGAUUCCAAAGCCUCACAGUGGCCCCCAGAGCCCUGGCCACCCCUGACCACUGGCCUCGUCUGCUCUCCCACUGCUUUGAGCCAGGUGCCUUCCUGCCCCGGUGCCCAUGUGAACUGCCCCAGACACCCACGAGGCCAGGGCAGGUCUCAGCCUUUCCUGGAGGGGCCUUGGCCAUGCAGUGUUCUCUGCUCCUCAAAUCCCCAGGCCUGCUCCGGCCUCAGUGCCUUUGCCACAGGACUGUCCACUAGAAGUCCUCUCCUGACUCAGGUCUCUGUCAGUUGAGGACUUUCCUGACCAUUCGCUGCGUUAAGAAAUAUUUUUUUAAAUAACAUGCAGACAAAUUGAUUGUUUUUGGUGUCCCUGUGUACACCCAUUCCCCUCCACCAUGUGAGCCCUGGAAAUAAAACAGCCAGUUAUUGUGCCAGCA